AUGUCCACUCCCACUCCACUAAGUCGCAUCGCAUAUAGCUCUGGCUAUUCGACCGAUGUCGACAAGAUUCGCGAGCAGGAAUAUCCCCACCUUGCUACGACAACCUACCUCGAUCAUGCUGGCACGACACUCUAUGCCAAGUCUAUGAUCGACGCCUUCUCCCAAGAUAUGAUGUCCGGUCUCUUUGGAAACCCACAUUCCAUGUCUCUCUCCUCCCAGCUUUCUACCACCCGAAUUGACGACCUUCGACUACGCGUCCUACGUUUCUUUAAUGCCGACCCUGAUGAAUUUGACCUGGUCUUCGUGGCUAAUGCAACGGCCGCCAUCAAGCUCAUCGCCGACACCUUUCGUGACACCGAUCACCGAGGCUUUUGGUAUGGCUACCACGUCGACGCUCAUACCAGUCUCAUUGGAGUGCGUGAGCUUGCUGAUCUGAACCAUCAGUGUUUCAUGAGCGAUGCCGACACUAUUCGCUUUUCCAGGCCAGUCCAAUAUGAACGGCCGGCGUCUCCCCUCCGCUGGUGCAAGGAAAUUCGAGCUGCUGCCAAUGGCGGCAAUGUCUAUACCUUGCUUGAUGCGGCCUCGAUGGUUUCGACCUCCGCGCUGGACAUAAACGCGGUUUCCCCAGACUUUACCGCACUGAGCUUCUACAAGAUCUUUGGAUUCCCUGACCUGGGCGCACUGAUCGUGAAGAAAAGUGCCACUCAUCUGUUUGAGCGACGGCGGUUCUUUGGUGGAGGUACUGUGGAAAUGGUCCUGGCAUCUGGUGGCCAGUGGCAUGCGAAGAAGGAGUCUUCUCUUCAUGCGCGACUCGAGGAUGGUACCCUGCCAUUCCACAGCAUAAUUGCUCUCGAUUCUGCCAUAAGCACUCAUGAGAAACUCUAUGGUUCCAUGGAAAACAUCUCAUUCCACACAGCAUUCCUGGCGAGACUGCUCUACGAUAGACUCUCCGCUCUAAAGCAUUGGAACGAGACGCAAGUCUGCCAGAUCUACCAUGGAAGCUCGGUUUAUGGUAACCCAAAGAGCCAAGGCCCUAUUAUUGCAUUCAAUCUUCGCAAUAGUCAAGGACAAUGGGUCCCAAAAUCCGAGGUGGAAAAACUGGCUUCAGUCCAAAAUAUCCAGAUGCGAACCGGAACGGUGUGCAACCCUGGAGGCGCUGCCUGUUCUCUCGGCUGGACAUCGUCAGAGAUCCGCAAUGCCUACUCAAAAGGUCUGCGAUGUGGCAAUGGUAAUGAUUUUAUAAAUGGUCGACCUACUGGUGUCUGCAGAGUCAGCCUUGGCGCAAUGACGAACAUGACGGACAUUGAAACUCUUGCCAACUUGGUCGAAGAAUUCUACGACGAUGUCGUCAACCGUCACUUUUACAUCGAAAGUCUUUCUGUGUUCCCAAUUAAGAGUUGUGGCGCUUUCAAAAUCCCCGAGAAUAAGCGUUGGGAAGUUAAGAGAGAGGGUCUGGCAUGGGACCGCGAGUGGUGUCUCAUUCACCAGGGAACAGGAGCUGCUCUAAAUCAGAAAAGAUAUCCUCGCAUGGCUCUCAUCCGCCCAUCCAUUGAUCUCGAACGCGGCGUUUUGCGAAUAAGCUAUGGUACGUCUACCGAGCAAGUGACCCUCGAGAUUUCACUUGGCUGGGAAGAAACCAGUCUCAUCUCAACUUCGCUAUGCCAAAACUCCGGUAAUAGAAGGGCAACUAUGGUAUGUGGCGACCAGAUUUCGCUACAUGCAUACGCAUCCCCAGUUGUUUCGGCCUUCUUCUCUGAUUUCCUGGGCGUCCCCUGCACGCUUGCACGCUUCCCUUCACAAUCUGCCACCAGAUUCUCACGCCCACCCCGUCUCUCUGGUGUAUGGAAGAGCAAAUUCCGGAAGUUGCUUAUGCCAGGCUCCUUUCCACCUGACCUCCCACCACCCGUCGUUGAACAGAAUCGCCAACAGGGCAAACCCUUGACGCUCUCCAAUGAGAUGCCAAUCCUUGUGGUCUCACGUUCAUCUGUGAAUCGUCUCAACGAGACAAUCAAAGCGAGCUCCAAACAAGGCCCUGGUGCCGCCAAAGCAGUAGCCGCUGAUGUUUUCCGCGGAAACAUAGUUGUCGCCGAGCGACUUGCUCGCGUGGGUGACGCAGAACAGCCUUAUGCCGAAGACCACUGGUCAGGCCUACGAAUCGGACCCGAUGAACUUCGUAUCGAUGUUCUUGAAGGAUGCCAGCGUUGCCAGAUGGUUUCCAUCGACCAGUUUACUGGCCUGCGACGCUCUGAGCCAUUCUCUACCCUGGCGAAGACCAGAAACAUUGAUGGAAAGGUCCAAUUCGGUCGCUAUGCUGCUCUUUCUCGAGCCGAGGUCGACAGACUUGAGUUUGAACCACUAGACCGCCGUACGGUCAUGGUGGGUGAUGUUGUUACGCCGACUUUUAUGUGA